UGAUGUUCAUUCGGAGUUCUAAGCAGAGUCUCGAAAAGUCUGAAAGCCAUAGCGAAGGAAUCCCUCUGCGAGCGGCGGAGAAAAUUUCUCCCGCCUACCCCUCUCGGCUCGGUGAAUGGUUCAUUCCGGCUCUGGUCAUCGGAGGCUCAGUGCGCGGCUCUCUAAGCGUCCUUGGUUGGUUGAGGCCCUCAGUAACUAUGGUGAAUAUUUUGCAUCUUGUGCGAGACCACUGGGCCAUAACUUUGGUUCCCAUAGGAUUUGUGUUGGGAUGUUACUUAGACAGGAGGAAUGAUGAGAAAAUGGCGCUCUUCAGGAACAAAAGCAAGUUAUUUCAAAGGGAAUUGAAACCUGGAGAAGAAGUCACAUGGCGAUAAUGUAUUAAAUGAGAAAUGCUUCCAUAUAAUUAAAUCUGUAUCUAUAAGAAGUGUGUGAUUGUGUUAUCAAAUGAAAUGAGGAAAUGAAGAAAUAUAUGGGCACUUUCCAGCCAGUUAAAGUGUAA